AUGGCGGAAGAUGACAACCCGCUGAUCAAGGCGUUGCCACCAGCCUCUGACUACUACACAUACCUCACGAUCAUCGAGUACAACCUAACGCCCGAGAAUCUGCCUGUGCUGCAUAAAGUACUCCAAGAUGAACAACUCACCACUAACAUUGGCUGGGAUCUAGUCCAUCUGCUCGUUCCCCUCUUACCUGAGUCGGAGGAAUGUCUGAAAGACAUAGCACGACUCGGCAACCCACGAGAAGUCAUCUUGAAGGUGACAGAGAGUUUGCGCCUCAUCGAAUAUGAUGGAAUUGAGGAAGAUGAACCUCAAUCUGACGAGGGAGAGGACGGCAGUGCGGACGAGAUCAGAUCAAAGGCCGACAAUACGACAUAUCCACUCAAGACUGCUGCGACAACAGCAGGCGGCAGCCCUGCUGCGAUGGUAGAAGUGCCACCUCCACUUCCUCUACCGGUGAACCAAUUCGUUGCACUGCUUUCAAUGCUGGCAGUGCUUCAUCCUCGGAUCAAGACGAAGUACCCAACGAGAUUCCUGAGCGCGACCUUACAAGCUAUCUUGGCCAGCUUCUCGAAUGCGCCAGCUGGGAAGCACAGAGAGGAGAUGGUGGUGGCAAUCGUCAAGACCGUCAAGUCUGUCACUGGUAUUCAACGACCUACUUUACCUAGCAGGAAGAGUAGUGGUAUGCUGCCUUCUAGUGUAGCAAGAGGCAGUGCGCCAGCGGCAGACCCAGAAGGAUCGGCAGUCUCAGACAAGAGCCUCGAAGAGAGCGAAAUGCAGACAAAGCUGCUGCAAGCAUUUGUCACCCACGUUCUCGAAGAGUACAUGCUCAACUUCUCUUCAUACGACGGCGUACCAGGUAUGGCGUGGUGCAGUCGGAUUAUGGAGAAGGUCCACCCUGAGCGCAGCAUACCCGAUGCCGCCACUUUCAAGGAUCGCUUCGCCAACGAGGAGAGACUACAUCGGCGGAUAGAUGCAGUCGGACAGCUCGCAAACCUGGCUCAGGAUCUUCAUAUUACGGAUGAGCAGUUGCUCGAGGCCGCUAUCACAGUCGAGAAAUCUGCAGAAGGAGAUGCUGGUGAUGAGAUUGAGCCGCCUGCGAAUGCAAAGGAUAUACCACUAUCACGACUCGGGUCGCUCAUGCUGUAUGCUGCUCGCGAAGUGUCCACAAUCUUGUACGACCGACCACGUGCAUCAAGUCCGGCAUUCGAGCUCUUCCCAGAUCAUCAAGAACUUCUCAAGCAUUGUCUAGCACCAGCAGACAUGGGUACAGGGCAGCUAGGUACAGAGCCAGAAGCACUCAUCGAUGCAAUGCUCUCGCUCGGUCUCGUCUGUCUGGAACGAGACGAUGUCGGCGAUCCAGGCACCGACGAGCAGUUCAACGAGUAUCUGCAAGUCAUCGCUCUGCUCUCAUCGAACUGCCCGAAUCCAAACCUACGAGGCCAUGCUCACUACCUCACCACAACAGUCCUCCGCUCGCAACCAGACGAGCAAGUCCGUCUAUCCUUCAUCCGCGACACACUCGAGCACUGUCCAUUCGAGAACCUCAAAGUCUCCGCAGUCGGCUGGAUCAAAGGCGAGACAAUCGAAGCAAGCCCACCAACCCCCAUCGCAGGCCACUCACAUCCCCACGAAAACGAAAACUCGAACGUAACAACAACCUCCAUCUUCGCCAAACCCCUCGCCCUCGACAGCCUAGCACCCUACCUCUUCCCCUCCCUCCACGCAGAUCUCCUCACAGCCCCCAUCCGCGACGCCUGGAUGACGUUCCAAACCAACAUCUCCUUCUACCUCGCAUCUCUGAACUUCCUCUAUCUCCUGCUCCAGGCGAAGCAUAUCCACGGCAGUCUGGACGUUCAGGAUCUUUGGACGAACAACGAUGUUGCGGGGAGUUUCUUGCAGCCGCUUAGGGAUGCCAAGAAGAGGUUUUUGCAGGAGAUGGAAAGUGGGUGUGCGUUGAGGGAUGAGAAGAGUCCUGAGGCUGUGGCGGAGUUGGGGCUGUUGGAGGAGACGGUUGAGAGGGUUACGAGGGCGGUGGUGGGUUUGAAUCAGGGUUGA